AUGGCCCUUCCCAUGAAGAAGUCAGUGAUGAAGUCAGCAAUGAAGUCCAUGAAAAAGGCCGCAAAGCCUACAACUAUGAAGGUCAUGAAGAAGAAGGCCGUGAGCAAGAUUGCACGAGGCAAGCUGGCAAAGGUGUCCGUCUUCAAGGGGAACAAGGAGAAAACCGCAUCAGGCCAUGCCAAAACCGAUCUCAUGAAGAACAAGAGGGGCAAGGUCGUGUCGAAGUUGCAGAAUGCUGCUGGCAAGAAGGCCUACAAAUACAUCUCUGCAUGGAACACUGCUGUGAUGCAGGCCAGGAAGGAGCUGGGCAUCAAGGGCUUCUGUGCCGUGAAUGGAAAGACGGCUCAGGGCAAGGCACUCUACGCCAAGGCCAAGGCAAUCUUUGCCGCAUGA